CCUAUAACAGCUCUGCGCAACUCCUGGCAAAGCGACCAAUGCGCAGAGAAACUGAAAGCGAAGGAGGCGGGGAGGCGAGGGCUUGGCGGCCGAGGAGGAACCAGAGGAAGGACGAGGAGGAGGAAGAAGAAGGAGGUCCGGGUGGGGCUUGGCUGGGUUGAGCCGAGGGAAAGGCGGGCGAGGGGGCUUUCCGGAGACAAGGCUUCCCUAAUCGACGAGGAGAAGGAAGACCUGAGGCGAGAGGCUGGAGAGAGGGGGAGUGAGGAAGAGAGGGCAAAGCCUCCCCGUGAAGAAAUACAAGUAUUUGUGAAUACUCAAGACAUAUAUCAUGGCUGAGUUGUCACCUGAAGAUAUUCAACUGAGAGCCCAUCAAGUUACAGAUGAGUCUUUGGAAAGCACAAGGAGGAUUCUUGGCUUGGCUGUUGAGUCCCAAGAUGCUGGAAUCAAAACGAUCUCCAUGUUAGAUGAACAAGGAGAACAGCUGAACCGUAUAGAAGAAGGAAUGGACCAGAUAAACAAAGACAUGAGAGAAGCUGAGAAGAAUUUAAAAGAACUCAAUAAGUGUUGUGGUCUCUGUGUCUGUCCUUGCAAUAGAACGAAGAAUUUUGAGUCUAGUAAAUCAUAUAGAACAACAUGGGGUGAUGGAAUGGAGAACUCCGGGGAUCAUGUAGUGUCUAAACAACCGGGGCGGACAAUAGAUUAUCAGCAACAAGGCAGAGGAGGAAAUUCUGGGGGAUACAUUACACGGAUAACAAAUGAUGCCAGAGAAGAUGAAAUGGAUGAAAAUCUAACCCAAGUAGGAAACAUCUUGGGGAACCUGAAAAAUAUGGCCUUGGAUAUGGGUAAUGAGAUUGAUUCACAAAACAAGCAGAUAGAUCGGAUAAAUGAGAAGGCUGAAACCAACAAGGAUCGGAUUAUAAUAGCCAAUGAAAAAGCCCAAAAACUUAUUGCUAACUAAUAGUCAGCUGUCAGUUCUUGAUCCUGCUUCAACAUCAGUUUAAGUCUAUACAACUCAAUAUCCAAAGAAGGAAGAUAACAGAAUCCAGAAAAUGAAACAAAGCAAAUCAUAAGGCUUCUUUGUUGUCUGAAAGCAGAUUCAGUAUGAAAUCCAGGAAAGCAGCACAGCAGAAACACAGAUUAUAAAAACCCCUUUUCAUAUCCUCAGGGCUUCAUUUUCUGACUUUGAAUCUUUCUUUGUUGUCUCCUUUCCCAUUAUCCUUUAUCCCCAUUUUUCUAGUUCAGUGGCAAAGAAUGACACAAUUGUACAAAAGCAAAACAGGAUGAAUUCACAGGAUUUAAUUACCUCACUUAAUAUUGCAUGUCAUCACAAACAAAGUAGAUGAAUGAUGUAUACAUAAUGUCUCUUUACAUUAUGUUGUUCCUUUUUGUACAGAGUGCUUGAUCUCAUUAUGAAAUCUUCCAUAAAAGUAAUGAAUGGUGCACAUCUAUUCUGGUAAAUGGCUUAGUGGUUGCUGCUUUUGAUUACCCAUGAUCAUUGGCAUGCAGUAUAUAAAUUGGAAAUGAUAUUCUUUCUAAGCCAUAGCAGUUCUUGUUUGAGUUCAGAAAAGAUAAGUAAUCUGUGCUGUAUUUUUAAGUAAACAUACAUAAAACGUGAUUCUCACAAAACCUUUAAACUUGUUUUUCUUCACUUAAAUCCAAUCAUUGGGAUGUUUGAUACAAAUCUUAUAUAAUUUACUAUUUGUAGCAUACAAGCUGGAAGAAGUGGCAACCUAUGCAGCAGUUGGAUUCCUAUCCCUCUCUGUUUUCUAUUAUGUGCACUUGGUAUGCUGGAUGCCAGCACAGCACCUCUAUAUAUAAGGCCUUGUUGAAUUUUUUAAUGAUUUCUUAGAAAUACUAUUACAUUUUUCUUUCUUUAAAAAAAUCUGUGUAUCUAGUGGGCACAGAUUCAUGCUCCCACUGAAAAGAGAACUUGUGUUCAAUAUUAUUUAUUUAAAAAUUGUUUUACUAAAAUUGCAAAGAAGUCUGAUGGUAGGCUAAAGCAAGACAAUUUUUCCAAUUGUAUCUCUUAAAAGAAGUGCAUUCUACCUUUCAGAUCAAUCAGUUUGUAUUUGGUCAAAUAGCAAGAAUGUACAUCCUGAGAAGAGAAAUAGAACACUUCUAGUGUUCUAGAAGGAAGAAGGGCACAAUUUAAUUCCUUGUUUCACUUGGCAGGACUAAUUUAAAAGAAAUUGCAUUGGGAACCCAACUAAAUAUGUGAACACAUACUGAUUUUUCAAACAUGGUUUUCUUCAAUCUUUACUCUUAUUUAGAGUUUAUACUGAAAUAAUACAGAAGAGUUAAAUCAGUAACAAAUCAGCUUUGCUUCUGUUUCUGUCAUUGUAAAACUGAAUCUGUAUUUGUAGUAUUUCACAAAUUUGGAAAUUCUGGCAUAGCUAAAGUUCAGGCUUACACUAUGAAUUGUGAACUAACUCAGAAUUAGGUAUGUUUUACUAUCACUAGUAAACCACCAACUUUUGUAAUGCUGGGCAUAGAGCUAAGCCAUGGAAACUAGCCUACAGGACUGCUAAGCAAUCUGCAUUUAGUUUGAUGGGUUACAAGUUCUAUAGGUCUGCUGUAGUAAUUUAUUUGGCCUAAAAGUAUUUCUCUGCAGGAUUAAGGUGCUUCAUUUAACUUCUUACUCACGUGUCUUGUAGUACUAGUUUAGUUAAAUAUGUUACAUUUCCAGGCUUUUCCAAGAAAACCAUAGUUAUCUCCUGAUUAAGAAUUAGGCAACAUGGAAAUCUUUUUUAUAAGGAUAUUGUGCUGUUAGUGUGUUUAAGUUAAUUUUUAUAAUAUGUAAGAAUUUAUGGUAGUUUGAGGACUGGGAAUACUUUCAAGAAUUGCAGAGUUAAUGAGAUUCAUGUUGCAAUCACAAUUAAGUAGUAGUACUUUGUGGACUAAUGGCAGCUGCUGUAUCAGCCUUUAAGUCCUGCCAAAGGAGGAGCUCAAAACAAACUGGUUCAUUAUACUGUCACUUUUCUUAAAUUACAAGAGGAUACCUCAUUUUCUUGCCUCUCUACAAAUCAUUUCCAACUGAGCCAUAUUUUGUAUUGCAAUAAGAUAAAGCUCAGUCUUGUAUGUAAUCUCUUGUCAAUAAUAGCAAGAUAGUAGUUCUAAUUGGAUAUAUAUGCUGUCUUAAUAGUGAAACAAAUAACCCUCAAAUUAGGAAAUUCUAAUUUUUUCCAGAAAUGGCAGAACACACCAACUGUAAGCAUAACAAUGAAUUCUAUCUUGUAACAUAUGUUGUUCUUAAUUAUUUUAUUGGCUGUGAGGUUUACCAAGCUAUACUUUCUCUCACACACUGCUCACUCGCUUUUAUAAAGUAAUUAUAUACAAAUUCCAUAGUGUGGGCAAUUCUUGUGUUAUAUUUGAAGAUUUGUACUAAGGAAUUUGUAACACCUUACUGUCUUAGAGCAUACCUGUUGGAAUCCACUUGCUUUCUGUGUUACCUAUUUGGAGCUGUAAAUGAACACCUCUGGUUUCUGUCAUAUCACCUGGACUGAAUAAAAUUAACUUAUAAAUGG